UCCACUGUGAGACCUCCAUCAUCUCCACCAUCAUCUCCACCAUCAGUCACUGACCACCUCUCAGCUAGACUUGACAAAGAGAAAGAUGUGCAAUUACCGAUUUAGAUGCAGCUCCAUUAGAGAUACCUGCCAGAUACAAACAGACCCCACCAGGGCACGUCUCCUCACGGGAUGUGCUAUUUUAAUGUCUUCCCACCACUGACUGCUGCUUACUCUGACCUCUCCCAAACCACACCAUCACCGGGAGCUUUUGGCCAGAAAAACAAGCCUCUGGGCAAAAAACAGACAGCAAAACCCACUGUGGCAUGCGAUUACCCUGUUAUUUUGGUGAGAUGCUCUUCCCUUCCUUCCCUGGGCACUGCCCCUCUGCCCCGCGACUACGGAAAGCAGAUUUAUUUGCCCUGGGUCUCAGCGCUGCUGUGCCAUCCUGUCCCAUCCGCCUCCAGGGGACCUCUCUGCUCAGCAUCUCAGAACUAAUAGGAUUUGCCAGUAAAACCUGCUGUAGGAUUUACAGAUUAAAGUUUUUGUAGAACAAAAAUGGAAAACGUCCAUCAACCCCACUUGCCUGAGCGGAGCUGGGGAGGUGAGAUCCCGCCGGUCCUGCUGCUGCCGGUGGCUCUGGCUCCUCGGGUGCGGACGCAGCGCUCCUUGGUGCCAUUGCGAUCCACCUCUUUAGAGAUAAACUCAGGAUUCAAGGAAACGUUCAGCACUGGCAGAAAGAAAACGGCUUUGGAGGAAGGAAAGUUUAUUCCUUGCCCUUUUACUCUGCUCGUUCAAGAUCAUACAACUUGAAUUUACCUGUGGAAAUGUUUCCAUGCACGGCCCAGCAAAGGGCAGAGCUGCCUCUUCCAUGGGAUCUCCCCAGCGUUCCUGGUGAGCGAGAUGGGUACGUAGCAAAACCCCUUGGCUCUCCCAGGCCAGGGUGAGCUCGUGGCUUUAUUUUGAGGGAAUUCGGUGUAAUUUGGACGCUGGGCAGCCUGGUUUUGUGUCUCUCCCUGGAGAAAGCAGCUGUGGCUGGGGAAACGUGCACCGAGCAUCCCACCAGCAUAGACCCUGCUGUCGGGGGGUCGUGCAGGCUCUGGGCGGUUACCACCCGCUGCUGUUUUUCAGUAGAUGAUUCGCAUCGAUUUGCAUAGGCAGCAGCUCUGCGCUGACAGGAAGGAAGAUCGAGCGAGACCCACGGCGCAGGAAGGGGCGAGGAGCAAACCGAAAGAGAGAAAAAGCCACCGGGCUGGAACCAGCGACGGCGGGCGGCCGGGGAAGCCGGACCCACCUUCUCCAGGUGCUACCCCGAGCAUCGCCCCGGCCACUGCAUCCCAUCGCCUCCGUGGGUCCCCCAGCACCAGGGGCCACCAACCGGAGGGACUCCCGUUUUCUACCUUCAACUUGAGCAUCCAGGGGAGGAGGAAGCAAAGCUCCGGGGAUAGAGAGCAGCUCGGAGGGGCUCACCAUGAUGAGGAUGCCCUCCCUGCUCUCCUGCUCCCACGCAGCCCCGGGGAAGGUGGCAGGAAGCCGAGGAACAUGGAUAAAGGCUGAGGAGCCUCAACUGAUGCUGUGAGCCAGCCAGGGGGCACGGGGCGGUCCAUGGGACGGCUGUGCUGCUGCCAACACAGCGCUCCUCACCUGGGGAUCACCCAUGUCACAGGAGGCCUCUGAUGGAAGAGGCUUGGAUCAAUCGCUACCGCAAGCAGCUGGUGAGGUCCAUCUCACCACAGUUCCUGGAGGAGAUCAUCUGCUACCUGCGGAGGCUGGACCUCCUCACGGCGGAGGAGGCCAGCCGGGCGCAGGAGGCCAGCUCCCUGCCCGAGCAGAACCCAUGGUGCAGAAGCACCUGGAGAGCCUCCAAAACUACUACGGGAAUGGCUUGGAGACAGGUCCCCUCCAGCGACUCACAAACCUCCUGCUGGUUGAAGGCUUGACUGAUAUCCAGCAGAAGGAGCAUGACAUCCUGCAGAUUGAAGCCACGAAAGGCCUACGAAAUGUAUCCAAGAGCAUCCCUUUGGAGAAGCUCUUUCUGCCGCUCUCCAAGGUCAGCAUCCCACCUCGGAUCUCUGUCACCAUCGGAGUGGCCGGGAUUGGCAAAAGCACACUGGUGAAGCUGUUUGUCUACACCUGGGCAAAGGGGGAGAUCAACAAGGACAUUGUCUUUGUGCUGCCCCUCACCUUCCGGGAGCUCAACACCUACGAGAAGCUCUCUGCCGAAAGGCUCAUCUGCUUGGCGUUCCCUCACAUCACCGAGCCCAACUGCAUCUCAAUGGGAGCCGCUAGGACCCUCCUGAUCCUCGACGGCUUGGAUGAGUUCAAGACUCCUUUGGAUUUUUCCAACACGGUAGUAUGCACCGAUCCCAAAAAGGAGAUCCAGGUGGACAACCUCAUCACCAACAUUAUACGUGGCAACCUGCUGCAGGAGGCUUCUGUCUGGGUCACAUCGCGGCCAACAGCAGCCAGCCAAAUCCCCGGUGGGCUUGUUGACCGGAUGACGGAAAUACGAGGUUUCAGAGCGGCAGAGAUGAAGGACUUCUUGGACCAGAUGUUCCUUGACAACAGAGACUUAUCCGGCCAAGUCCUGCAUCACAUCAGGGCUAACAGGUCAUUACAUGUCAUGUGCACUGUUCCUGGCUUUUGCUGGAUUUCUGGCUCCUCAAUUGGUUAUUACCUAAAAAAUAGCACCCAUCAAUCCCAAGAAACAACCGCCAUCCCCAAAACCCUAUCGGAAAUCUAUUCCUAUUAUUUUAAAAUGGCUCUGAGCAGCGACUGGGCGGAAAAGCCAAGAGAAACACUCAGGAUCGAGCAGGCUGUGAACAACAGCAAGAAGAUAGUGGGCAGCCUGGGCAGACUGGCCUUCUAUGGGCUGCUCAAAAAGAAAUACGUGUUUUACGAGCAGGACAUGAAGGCGUAUGGCAUUGACCUUUCCUUGCUGCAGAGCAGCUUGUGCAGUCGGCUCCUACUCAAAGAAGAGAUGCAGUCCUUCACGGCCUACUACUUCUCCCACUUAACCAUACAGGAGUUUCUAGCGGCUAUUUAUUAUUACACAGCUGCAAAACGGGCAAUAUUCGACCUCUUCACGGAGAGCGGGAUGUCCUGGCCCAAGUUGGGCUUCCUCAACCACUUCAAGAGUGCUGUUCAGAGGUCGCUGCAGGCAGAGGACAGGCAGCUGGACAUCUUUGUGCGUUUCCUCUCUGGGCUCCUCUCCCCGCAGGUGAACAAGCUGCUCUCUGGGUGGCUGCUGGUGAAAGAUGAGCACAACAACUUCAGGAGCCAAGCGAUCAGCAUCCUCCAGGGCUGCCUGAACACAGACUACGUCAUCUCCUCGCGGACAGUGAACACCAUGCACUGCCUGUAUGAAAUUCAGCACACGGAGAUCGCCAAGACUGUGGAAGAAGCGAUGAAGAAUGAGAGCUUGGCCGGGAUGCUCACCCCCGUGAACUGCUCUGCCCUGGCUUAUCUCCUGCAGGUCUCUGACGUCUGCAUGGAGGAGACAAACCUCUCCAACUGCCUCACCUACAAUGUCUGUAAGAGCCUGCUCUCCCAGCUCCUCUUCUGCCACAGCCUCAGGCUGGACAAUAACCAGUUUAAGGACAACGUGAUGGAGCUGCUGGGCAGCGUGCUGAGCGUGAAGGACUGCCAGAUCCAGAAGCUCAGCUUGGCAGAAAAUCAGAUCAGCAACAAGGGAGCCAAAGCACUGGCCAGGUCACUGAUGGUGAACAGGAGCCUGACGACACUAGACCUGCGGAGCAACUCCAUCGGCCCCACCGGAGCAAAAGCACUGGCCGACGCACUGAAAAAAAACCAAGUCCUGCUCUCCCUGAACCUGCAGCACAACACCAUCAAGGAGGACGGUGCCACCUUCCUGGCCGAGGCCUUGGUGACCAACCGCACGCUGACAACCCUGCACCUGCAGAAAAACGCCAUCGGAGCCCACGGUGCCAGGAAGAUAGCGGAGGCGCUGAAGCAGAACUGCAGCCUGAAGGAGCUGACACUCUCCAGCAACUCCGUAGGAGACAACGGUUCGGUUGCCUUGGCUGACGCUCUGAAGGUGAACCACAGUCUGCAAAGCCUUGAUCUCCAGAGCAACUCCAUCAGCAGCACUGGGGUCACUGCGCUGACAGCAGCUCUCUGCUCCAACAAGGGACUCAUCAACCUCAACCUGCGGGAGAACUCCAUCAGCAAGGAGGGGGGCCCCGCCAUCGCCCGUGCCCUGCGGACCAACAGCACCCUUAGGAAGCUGGACUUAGCGGCGAACCUGCUGUACGACGAAGGCGGCAAGGCCAUUGCUUUAGCGAUGAAAGAGAACCGGGCGCUCACGUCCCUCCACUUGCAGUGGAACUUCAUCCAAGCAAAAGCUGCCACAGCCUUGGCACAAGCACUACAGUCCAACGGCAGCCUGGCCAGCCUUGACUUGCAGGAGAAUGCCAUCGGAGAUGAGGGAAUGGCUGCCCUCUCCGCUGCACUGAAGGUCAACACAACCCUGGCAGAUCUCCACCUGCAGGUAGCUUCAGUUGAAGCAGCUGGUGCCCAAGCCCUGGCAGAAGCCUUGAUGGUCAACAAGAGCCUGCAGAUCUUGGACUUGCGGGGAAACUCCAUUGGUGUGGCAGGGGCCAAGGCGAUGGCCAACGCGCUGAGGGUGAACCGCAGCCUCCGCCGGCUCAAUCUGCAGGAAAACUCCCUGGGCAUGGACGGAGCCAUCUGCAUCGCCACUGCUCUGAAGGGCAACCACGGCCUCACCUACGUGAACCUGCAGGGGAACCGCAUCGGCCAGUCGGGAGCCAAGAUGAUCUCCGACGCUAUCCGGACAAACUCACCCGACUGCAUUGUGGACGUGUGAGGGAGCUUCGCCGCAGCGAGGAGGUGGCCUGGUGGGUCCCUUUGGCCAGCAUGCCUCUGCAGGGAGCUGCUCGGUCCUCCACCCCCCCCGUCUCAGGGAGGAGAGCUGGGGCAAGGAGAGCUCCUGAGCUCCCCAGCACAGCCCAGGAGGACCUGGAGCCUCUGGCUCAGCACUGCAGGAGGGUCAAGACUCACUGGUGUUAAAAGCUGGGGGAUGCGCAACCACGUCCCUGUUCAUCCAGGCCCUGGGGGACCUUCAAGGAAUGGGUGAAAUGCAAAAAGAAGGGAGGAGGGGACAGAUCCCACAUCCUUCUUGUUUUCGUGGGUGACUCACCUGCCACCGCUUGUGGCAGCGACCCCCUCCGGUGAUCUCUGUGGGGUUACAGUGCUGUGCUCAGAGCCUGCCCCAGACCCGGUGCAUCCUGACCACCCCGGAGCUCUGCUUUCCUCCCAGCCCAAGUCACUGCGGGCAAACCUUGCAGCACCCCAGUCGGGGUCCCAGCACUCUGCUCCAGCUCUUCUCCCCCUAGUUCUGGCAGGGAUCCCAGGAGAAGCAGGUGAAACAUGGGCAGGAUUCACAGCAGCCCCUUCUCACCUGGCUACCUACAGCCCUGCAGGCUGCCCUUGACAUCCCAGAGAGAGACGAGAGGUUUGCCAUCUCCUUGCUCCGAUGAGAGUGGUGCUCUGGACCUGGGCACUUCAGUGUUUUGCCAUGCCUUCGAUAACAGGUUGGUGCUGGCCCAGCAUGCCUGAAGUGUUUGGUAGUGCUGUCCUCUAUCAAAGAGAGAGACAUCCCAAGGCACAGGAGUGGAACCAUCUAGAAUGACCUUGGGAAACAAAGAGCCCUCAGGAGAACGGGAGGAGGAGGAGUGGGAGGGUGAACGUGAGAGGAACAGCACUGCACAAGGAUGGGCCACCUCCAGCAUGUGCAUCUCGGUGCCACACCAGGACUGCCUUGUUGCGAAGUUCUGCCUCUCCAGUAUAGGCUGAACUUCUUGGGUCUCCUGCUACUGUCAUCGGUGACAAGCUGUGUGACCUUGGGACGUGUCUUCCCAACGUCCCAGCCGCAGGCAGGGUCCUUCCCUAGCAGGUCACCUGUUGGGCAGACGGCUGCUGAAAGCAAAGGUGCCAGGUGAUGCCCUUGUGUACGUGGCAGAGACCCAGUGACUCUCCAGAAGGUGCCAGAUUUGCAGGUGGACCGGUAGCCAAACUACGAAACCUCCCUAGUGCCCCCUCCAGCCACUGCCCCCGAGCCAGAGCCCACCCUGAGCCACGCUGCUGCUGCAGUCAGGGACCUCUGUGGGCUGAUCUUGGAGAAACACUGGGCUGAGCUGUGUGAUAUGUACAUACUCAGAAAUAAACUGGUUCCUAGCUGAGAA